CCUUAAGGUUGUCCUAGCGAUAACUGAGAAACUAACAGAACAUGAAAAACAGAAAAACGCCGACAGGCUGCCUGCCGCUAGAAUAGAAAGAAGGAAGGAAGGAAGGAAGGAAAAAUAGCAAAACAGAAAUAGACAUCGUAGAGAAACAAUAUGACGUCCAUUAUAAAACUUCACGCUAUUUCUGGAGCAAUGGAUGAGUCUCCACCUUGUUAUAUAUUACAAGUUGACGAGUUGAGAAUAUUAUUAGAUUGCGGAUGGGAUGAGAACUUUGAUCAAGAUUUUAUAAAAGAAUUGAAGAGACAUGUCAAUCAAAUAGAUGCAGUAUUACUUUCAUAUCCAGAUCCGUUACAUCUGGGUGCAUUGCCAUACUUAGUAGGUAAGUGUGGUCUGAAUUGUCCUAUUUACGCCACCAUACCUGUAUACAAAAUGGGCCAAAUGUUUAUGUAUGACAUGUACCAGUCCCGCCACAAUAUGGAAGACUUUGAUUUAUUUACCUUAGACGAUGUUGAUGCCGCAUUCGACAAGAUAGUACAGUUGAAAUACAAUCAAAGCAUAUCGAUGAAAGGUAAAGGCUACGGUGUUACAUUGACACCAUUGCCAGCAGGACACAUGAUUGGUGGUACAAUCUGGAAAAUUGUCAAAGUAGGAGAGGAGGACAUAAUAUAUGCUGUGGACUUUAAUCACAAAAAGGAGCGGCAUUUAAAUGGUUGCGAGUUAGAGAGAUUGCAAAGGCCGUCAUUGUUAAUAACAGAUGCAUUUAACGCCACAUACCAGCAAGCCCGACGAAGAACGAGGGACGAGAAGCUGAUGACUAAUAUCUUGCAGACGUUGAGAGGUGGUGGCAAUGUAUUGGUCAGCGUGGAUACCGCUGGCCGUGUAUUAGAAUUAGCGCAUAUGCUGGAUCAGCUGUGGCGCAACAAGGAGUCGGGGUUACUCGCUUACUCAUUGGCCCUCCUUAACAAUGUAAGUUAUAACGUCGUGGAAUUUGCGAAGUCGCAAAUCGAGUGGAUGAGCGAUAAAUUAAUGAGGAGCUUCGAAGGUGCACGCAACAAUCCGUUCCAAUUUAAACACCUGCAACUUUGCCAUAGCAUGGCCGAGCUGAAUCAAGUUCCAAGCCCGAAGGUGGUACUCGCAAGCACCCCAGACAUGGAGUGUGGAUUUUCCCGAGAGUUAUUCCUCCAGUGGUGCACUAACCCGCAAAACAGCAUUAUAUUAACAAGUAGAACGUCUCCAGGUACUCUUGCUAGAGAUCUGGUGGAGAAAGGUGGAAACCGAAACAUCACGUUGGAGGUAAAGAGACGAGUGAAGCUGGAGGGUAUCGAGCUGGAGGAAUAUCAGAAGAAGGAGAAAUUAAAGCAAGAACAAUUGAAACAGGAACAAAUGGAGAUUGCAGACGUGAGUUCCGAAUCGGAAGACGAGAUAGAAGUAGGCGGUGUCCGAGGGAAGCACGAUUUAUUGGUGAAGCAAGAGAGCAAGCCCGGCUUCUUCAAGCAAAGUAAAAAGCAACAUCCCAUGUUCCCGUUCGUGGAGGAGAAGAUUAAGAUAGACGAGUACGGAGAGAUUAUAAAACCGGAAGAUUACAAGAUCGCGGAGACCCUGCCCGAAAUCGAGGACAAUAAGGAGAAUGUGGAGAUGAAGCAGGAAGAAACCAGCCAUCACCCGGAGAUUGCCGCGGAUAUCCCGACCAAGUGUAUACAGGUGUCGCGCACGAUGACCGUCAACGCUGCGGUAACCUACAUCGACUUUGAAGGUAGAUCCGACGGGGAAUCCCUGCAGAAAAUCCUGGCACAGUUGAGACCCAGGAGGGUGGUUUUAGUUAGGGGCUCGUUCAAGGACACGGAGAUAUUAGCGCAGCAAGCACAGAGCGCAGGUGCAAGGGUGUUCGUUCCUGCCAGGGGAGAGACGCUGGACGCCACGACGGAGACGCACAUUUAUCAGGUACGUUUGACCGACGCUCUAGUCACCGGGCUGAACUUCUCGAAGGGCAAAGGCGAUUCCGAAGUAGCGUGGAUAGACGCGAUGAUAACGGCGCGUGAUCAAGUCUGCCGAGACGCUGUCGCUGACACCGAGUCCGAUGAUGCGAUAAUGGAUGAGAGCGACAAAAUACUGACUUUGGAGCCUCUGCCGCUGAACGAGGUUCCCGGUCACCAGACAACGUUCAUAAACGAAUUGAAGCUGUCGGAUUUUAAACAAGUCUUGAACAAAAGUAACAUCUCGUCAGAAUUCAGCGGAGGGGUACUGUGGUGUUGCAACAACACCAUCGCUGUUAGAAGGCAUGAAGCUGGAAAGGUGAUACUGGAAGGUUGCAUUUCUGAGGACUACUACAAAGUACGGGAGCUGUUGUAUCAGCAAUAUGCAAUCGUGUAGAUUUUUUAAGCGUGCGUUUGUCAAUAGUUGUAUAAAAAUUAAUUAUAUUAAA